CGUUUGAAGUUGGCUAAUAGUUGCAACCGAAAAAUUUGAAAUAGGUAUCUGCUUCCGCAUUAUGCGUGAAUGUUGUUUACAGUGAUAAGUAAGAUCAAGUUUAGUAUCACUAAUCUAACAUCGAUAGGAGGUGAGUGUAAUAAAUAAUUCAUCAACUUCACUUAACGUCAAAGACGAAUCUUGCAAUGUUUUGAAUUAUCUGACGUACUCAAAUUAUAACAUAUCAAAGUCGGGGAUAGUCGCCUAUCGCCGCAACACGUGCAAUUUAUGCGCACAAAUUUGAAGACACAUGGUGGAUAACACUCACCAACAAUGAAAAGAACAUUAUUUAUAUAUUCAUAAAAACUAUAAUUACACGCACUUACACAAGCCCAUAGUAUAUUCCAGAAUUCGAAAAUGCAGUCCAGUCCUUUGGGAAGGGGUCGGGGAGUGAUCCGUGAAAUGACUUCUACCAAUUGCUCAUGCUGUCGCCCCUACAGCCAUAUUCUCUGUAAGGCCUGUGGAUUUGUAGGCUGGGGAAGGAUUAAGUCGAACUGCCCAAAACACCGCCAGACGGUGUUCCUUAUUGACAUAUCCCAGUGUCCCCAUUGUACAGCUUAUGGAUUCAUGAUGGAAGAGUUCUAGGUAUAUGCUGCUACGCUAUUCUUUAGCCUUAAGAAACACCCUACAAUAUUUCAUAUUCUCAACAGCUUGAAUACCACAAACUCAUGUUCCCUGGCUCAGUUUCACACAAAAAGAAAUGUCUGAUGAAAUCUUUAAAAGAACUUGAAUCAUCUCUUCAAAGAUCUGGCUGGAUCUGAAAUACCUAAUAGGUUUACUUUCUGAACUAUAAUAGCUAGGGAAAUUGAGAAGCUGUAUUCGUACUCUAUUAAGUUGA